AAAGUUUGCAAAAUUGAACACCGCAGGUCGUUAGUCCUGUUUGAAACAAUCAACAAACGCGACCGCGGCCACCUUGUCGCGUUGCAACUGUUUUGUGAAAGUGACAGUUUUUUUUUUGUUUUUGGGGACAGAUUUGAAUCUGUUCGUAUCGAGAAUUGAUCAUAUUGAUACUGACCCGAUCAGUGUGCAGUGUUGAUUGCGAUUGAACGCGCCGAUUCGAAAGUGAACCCGUAUUGGAAACGUGAGUUUUUCGAGUUUCGUGCCCGAAGUUUCGCUAAUUUGGUGUAAUUUUUGUGCUUAAUCGGUUAUUGUGGUGAACAGUCCUAAUUGGCAGUCAUAAAAGCCAGUGUAUAUCUAACCCAAGCGAAUAGCAGACAAAUAAUUUAGAAAUUUCAUUUUUGCCAGCAACUGACCCCAAUCAAACACAUUUCAUGUAACCUUGUGUUACUGACAUUGAAUAAUGCCCAAGAUACCAGCAGGCCUGGUGAAAAUGUUAUAACAAGAACUUUAAACGCAAAUUUGUUAUUAACUAUAAGUUGCCAUGUGGACAAUUCACGGUAUUUUACUCGCGAGUGUUUGGACUUUGACCACUAUUUUGGUCGAUGGUAUUCAAGUUCCUAAUAAAUGGAAACAGGAAGUAGCGGGAAAUGGUUUCCAAUCAAAUGGACAAAACUAUGCUUAUCCCCCGACCAAGCAACAGCUCAAAUAUAACACAGGAAUUUUCUCACCUGACAAUAUACAGUAUUCGCCCUUUGCCCCAUUAGCUAUUGGAAAGCUGUACAUAGGGAAAAAUUCCAGUCCGUCCAACUCUAUUGAUAUCAAAAAUGUAAAGCCCGGUUUGAGUGCUUUGCCUCAAUAUUCAAACAGUCAAGAGGCCCUAUCGGCUGGCAAUACUCAACAAAACUCUUUACCUCCGCUCCGAAAUCCGCGCUACCCAAUUGGACAAAACUCUGAGGAUUUACUCCAUAAAUCAGACUUUCUAUCACCGAACCGCUUGAAAUAUUUGGAAAGUCUGAAUGGAGAUGAUUUCGCCAAAAAUCAGAAUCUUCCCAAUAACGUUUUGAAAAUCAAGCCCGCAAUUAUUGACCCAAUUAGCCAGCUGAAACAAAGUGGAAAGCCUCUGAGCCAAUUUGCUCAGGUUUUUGAUCCAGAACGAUUCAAAAACCCUACACAGUCAAUUUCCCCAAGCCUUUAUAGUUUGUAUGUGCCAAAUGCUCAGCUGCAACCAUCCUUAAAACAUGCGUUGGAUCAGCAUGUGCCUCAGCAACAUAAAUUCAUAGUUUCAGCUUCUGAGGCUGAUUCCAAUCAAACGCCCCUGGAUCUUGAACCAGAAUCCCAACCUAAAGCCAAAGAAUCCACUUCGAAAGAACCAGUUUUCUUUGUCACUGAAGGCUAUCGAAAUGUUCUGGUCCAGGGCCCGAACAAUAAGAAAGCGUAUCUUGAGCCACAAAUUCAGAAAAAGGGCAGCAAAAAAAUAUUCAAAGAAGACAAGCCAGAUUAUGACGGCGAAGACGAUGUAGAAGAAGAUGACGAAGACGAAGAUGACGAAGUAGAACCCGUUCCUGCGCAAAGAAAAGUUACUAAGGGCUACUCAGUUAAAGAUGACAAAGAAGACGAAGAUGAUUCUGAAGGAUUUAGCCGAAAUUCCCUGAAACCUGAUUGGGAGAAACCGACUGGCUAUUUUGAUAGGCCGCUCAAGUAUUUUGAUGAAGACAAAAAGUCUAGAUUUGCCCCCCAGCUGAAGACCAAUUACAGAGAUGACACCUUGCACGAACCGGAAAACGAUGCAGAUUUUGACAGGGACGACGACGACGAUGAUGACAGAAUAACUGAGGACGAGGAAGAAGAAAAUGAUGAUGAGGAUGAUGAAAAAAAUGUAGAGGAAAACACCAAAGAAUCGGGAGUUAAGGCAAAAGUAUCCAGUCCGAUUUUAGAUGAGCCUGAGUUAAAAGUCAGCAAAGAUUCGAAACAGGAAAACAAUAAAUCGGAAGCAAGCGAAGCACCCAGUGAGGAAGAAGAAAACGACGAGAAACCCGUUGAUGAAGAAACUGAAGGCGAGGAAGCAAAUGAAGAAGUUGAACAAGUGGAUGAUAAGGAGCUGAAGCUUGUGGACAAUGAACAUGCUGAACCAAAGCCAAUUCCUACAAAACCAAUCUAUCCUGGUCAAGGCUUAUGGGCCAAACCAGGCUUGAAGCAUACACCCCAUAUUACCCAACAUCGGUUCCUGAAACCUAUGGAGGAUGAGAUAAAACCUGAUGGAUAUGAUGUUUUCGAAGAUCUAGAAAGAUUCUUCCAAAAGCAAAAAGUUAACUAUGGAAAUGCCGCGAAUCAAAAUGUCCCUGUGACUGCCGUUUUCAGGCAACCACAACCACAAGUAGCGCCAGUCAUAAAAGCCCCAAAUUUACCCAACUCUUUGGUUGUCUACGACCCAUUCAAUGACGGCAGCCGGAAAAUAUCCAAAAAAAUCCUUCAGCCAUUUAACCAGCUUCAGGCUGCGCCAGCUUAUCGCACUCAGCGAUUUGAAGCAAAUAGACACGCCCCUGUAGAGCGGGAAUUUGAAGAAACCACUACAGAAUUUGUACCUUCAAGGCUGUAUGCUCAAGUAAGGAAAAGUGAAGACGUAGCGCAUGAGCCUCGCAAUCCUGCUAAACAUGGGAGGCUUAAGGAGGUUAUUAAGGAUUCAAAGGUCCAAACGGUUUAUUCUGAAGAAGGAUACGAAGACGCUGCUUACGAUCAUGCUGGACAUGAAAAGAAAGCAGAAGAAGACAAGGCGUAUUCCCAGUUCCAAAGAGCUAAGCAAGGGAAAGGUAAUUUAAACGAAAAGCGAGCUGAUUCUGAUGCUGGAGGCUCCAGAUUAGAUCCAGUUGUAUCAGAACCACCAAAGGAACUUCUUUCAGAUUCUCUAACUUCAGAAAGUGAGUACCUUUCACCCGAGGAAAUCAACGAACAAAACAGAACCAAUCUAGACCUGACAAAACACAACUCAACAAUUAAGAACGAAAAUGUUAACAAUUUUAUUUCAACUAAAGAAACCCGAACCACGCAGGUGAAGGAUAAGGAUAACGGAGAUAUACAGCUCGAAAUAGAAAGCGAGGUAAAAGUGAUCAUGCAGCCAAACAACAGCACCAAAGCUCAUAAAUUUGUGAAAAUUUAUCCGAAAGUUCUGAAAGAACUUUCAGUAGAUUCAUAUAGAGGUGAGGAUGAUGACGAUGAUGAUGAUAGCUCAGAUCACCAUGAUGAAGAUGACGACGAUGAUGACCAGGAUGAAAAUGGAGGUUUCAAAAAUUAUUUAUAUGACAGCGAAAGUGGUAAUUCAGCAGAAGAUGAUGGUGACAAGUACUUUUUGUUUGCAAAAAACAAUAACACGUUAAAUAGCAGUGAGAGUCUAUUGAAUUCAGACGAACUGAGAAACCCAAUAAACAAUUCGCAAAGCAAUUCAAGUGAGAUAUUGAGCAAAAUAUUUCCCAGCACCACAGAAUCCAGUACAGUCUCAGACAUUGAAGCUAUGACCAAAGAAACUAUCCUUAACAACACAAAUACAAGGACUAAUUCAUCCAAAGAUGGUCAAAUUCUUUUGGAAGAGACGCAGGGAAUUAAUCUAAAAAGGGAAAAAAGAUCAAGCGACAGUUACGAAGAUGUGGAAAUUGAUACCGACUUUAUAGACAAAAUUAAUCACACCUUUGCACCAGCUGUUACAGAAGGUCUGGACUUAGUUAAAUACCCCUACUACCGCAAGGCCGGGGUAAAUAAAGACUCCCCACUAAGAUAUGCGGAAACCACCAAAAACAUUCCGAUCAAGAAAGCUGGCGAGCUUUCAUUCUAUAACAUGGCUGAUCAGUUUCCAUGCCCAGAUCUUCCUCAAGACAUUGACCCAGUUCCUGAGCGCAUUCAAAACGCCAGAACCAAUGAAGAUAUUGAAGAAUCGGAAGAUGAGGAUGAGGAUGAUGAUGAAAGCGUUGUGGAUAGGAGGCAGCCCAAAAAGGUUCGGAUUGAGCUGGGGGACAAAAUUGAUUGCCUUAAGCUAAGAUACUUUGGAGAGAAUCCGUUGGAUAAUCCACUGUUUAAAGAAACAGCAAUCAGUCCAGUGAAAUCAAUAUUCAAGGAACUUGAACGCAAACCCAGGCAAAAGAAAAGCCAGAAACCAGCAGACAACAGCUUCAAUCCCAGCGAGAUUUAUGAGCAAAUCAACGAAAUAUUUAGCUUCGACAAUAAAAAUGACGACGAUUUCGGCACUGGGUUGAAUGAUAAAUUAUUCAGCUUGAUAAACACGCCUACUAUUGAGCCUCGCGCUCAACCUCACAGGCAACCUGCCACAUCCGAGAGUGCAAAGUCUGAAAGUGCUAGUUCCAAGUCACAGCAGCCAGCAGAAGAAGAAGAAGGAUCGGAAACCAUCACCACUCCCAACUCCUUGAUGGAUAAUAGCCUAAUCACAACUCCUAAAUACACCAUUCAGUUGACGCCUAAUAACAUCUAUGACCAGAUUAAGCUUCUGGACCAUUUGCCAGGGGAGGAAGAAUUUGCUACUGGUAAGGUUCAAGACGCUAAUGCGGCUACUGCUAGGGACAGAAUGGAUGAACCUGACGAGAGCAUCAGCCCGAACAUUGAAAUAGUGCAAACAGUUGAAAGGACGCAAAAUAAUGAGGGAUCUAAACCCCAACAGAGGGAUCCGAGAGUUUUGCCGUCAAGUGAUGCUACUGCUACUGUUCCCAGUGUCAACUCAGAGCGGGAAACUUCAGACGUUUUGGAACCAGAGGCUUGGAGAAGGCAAAGAGUGGGUAUUAGGCGACCGCCUUUAUUGCAAAUAUUCGAUGUAACUAAAUUUCUGACCACCACACCUUUUUCUGUUAUAAACACUGCACCUUCCACAGUCCUGCCUAAGCACAAGGUGAUGAGCGAAGUGUUCUAUAAGGAGGAGAUCAAGCCCAGUGAGCAACUGACUGUGUUCGCAGAUAUUUUAAAUAACAUAAAAAAUUCCACGAACAAUGAGAAAGUUUCGAUGCAGUCCAGUUCGAAUUUCGCCGAACCCGGUGCGGUCACAAUUAGUUCCCUUGAAGAACCCACGAGAGAUCUAGAAAGGACCAAACUGAGGGUUAAAAAGUUCCAAACUGAUAGCUCCAAUGGACAGAACGAUUUCGGGGAUAAGCGGCCGGAUUACAAGUCCCCUUCACGGAGGCCACACCGCCACCAAGUACCCAACAACAUUCAGUCAUCCUCAAAUCAUCAGCCCAAUAUUGCCAAGCGACCAGUUGUUCAUAGACCGAAUCAAAAUAAUAUUGAAUUUGACCUUAGCAACUUUUCUGGCCAGAGUGACGAUCCCCUGGUCCAAUCCACUCUUCGGCCGGAAGUACGGCCGAGUAUAAGAAAAGUGUUAAAGAGGCGCCGAAAACCUACAACUAGCACUACUUCUGUUCCAACCACUACGACAACUGCAGCUCCUAAAGUGGAUAUUUUUAAGCAGAAGUUAGCUGCGAAUCACAAACCGUACGUUAUUGAUUAUAUUGAAGACGUUGAGCAGGUUAUCGGUCUAGUGCCACCUCAGAGCUCAAGAUAUCGAACGAUAAUAUUUGACGACCCUGAAGUGGGCGGUUCCAAUAAAGUAGCUGAUCAGAUUUACGACUCUGAGGGCGUCGUUCCAAGCGCAGCAAGAGACUCAGCAACUGCAAAGCAACCAGCCCCAGUUACAGAAGUGGCUGAAGAAGUCGCCACCCCACGCCAAUUAAAUAAAUACUAUUUUGUGGGUCUCAAACCGCCCGCCAACCAACGAGCGAUGUCCUAUUCCGAAUUCACCAAUAAUAAUCUCCUGGUCAAUGACAACCUGUUGCGUAGGCGUGUAGCACAUGUAGGAUACCUUAGAGACAAAAGAAACGCCGCUCGGCCCUCAUAUGCUGAUCUUUCCAGAAAUAGAGGAAGACAGAGCGAAGCUGCGGAAAAAGAUACAUUGGAAGACGACGCCGAUGACUACGUGCCUCAUAGGCCGACGAAUUACCACUAUGAUGAGAAAACCGGCAAAAUAGUUUACCACAGUAAGCCGGAGCAAGCUAAAUCUGAAGAAGAUGAUGAAGAAUAUGAGGAACUUGAAGUUAAAGACGUCCCAGGGAUUUAUUUGGAGAGAGCUGAAGGAGCCACACACCCAACCAAAGAAAAAGUUACCACCAAACCCUUACUGGCGACAGCAACGCCUCCACCCGAAGGAAAAGGGUUACUUGACUUUGUAGUGCAACUCAAAAACGAUAAAAAAUAUACCUACAUACCUGAUCCAACUACAGCGAAACCAGGAGACGAAUCAGUAGCAGCCGCCUCUGUCACUGUGGACCCUAAAACUACCGAUCCUCCGGAGUUUUUAAGCAUUUUAUCCAAAGUGAAGAACGAUAAGACUUACAAGUUCGUAGAAGACCCAAAAGAAAGCCAAAGCAAACAGAAGGCUGUGUCCACUACUGCCUCGCCUGAAAGUAAUGAAGAUGAUGAAGAAGAAGAGGAAAGUGAGGAAGAAUCAGCAGGCAAACCUCGCCCGACUCGACAAAUAACUAACUUGAAAAUUUUUAACAUCGGGGACUUUUUACCGAAAAUUCAGACCCCCGUAAGUUCCCCAAUACCGACAAACGUCUUUAAGAAACAAGUAGUAGAACGAAUUUUUCCCCGACUACAAUACAUGACUCCAUAUGAUAUUGCAAGGGAAUACUAUAAGCAGACUGAACUGUAUAAAUUGGUUAAAAAACUAGCCAAAGAGUCCCCAAAACGACAAAGUCUAGCCGAUCUUCAAAUUUUUGAUAUUGGGGAUUAUUUGCCCACGAUCAGGCCCAUCGACUACUCGAAGUACAAAACAAUAGAAAGACCACGCACCAGACCCCAACCAGAAGAAGAAGGCCAAUCGGAAGUCACAGUGGUAACCCGACGCCCUUCUAGUGGACCUGGAGGCGAGCCUGCACCUGCCGAUCGAAGAAGACUCACCAUAGAAGAAAAAGAGAGUGUUGAUACCCCGGUGGUGAGUGAGGAAAAAGUCGGGCAUGAUAAGAAACAUUCGGUUUCUAGCCAGAAUCGACCCAGUCUUACAACAACGCAGAGAAUAUUACAACUGAGGCGAGGCACUAGGCCAACCUCAAAAGCAACUAAAAAUGAGGAACGUGCAGUAACAAGAAGAACUUUCAACCGUUAUCGUCCUGCCGCCUCCUCCAACUCAAAGAGUACAAGACGAACAACCACUAGAGCAGACUUUGAUGAUGCAACAGAAGGAAUAAGCAAAUCUUAUCCCGAAUACUCAGGCACUGAAAGAGAUUCGUCAAGUAGCGAUAAAGCUAGAAGAGUGUAUAGACGAAGACCAGUGCGCAUAAAAUCUACUACUCAAAAGCAAGAAGUUGAUGAUGAAGACGAUGAAUCAGACCAUGGAAGAGUGAGGCGAAAUGCCGAUUCAAUCAAAGAGCCGCCAGCUGCGGAGCAUUUAGAAGACCCCAGCUUUGACGCAACAUACCAAACCAUUAAAAAGGAAAUUAUCAAUGGCGAUGACACAGAUAGUCUCGACUAUGAAUUCGGAGACAAAGCAGGCAGUGAAAGCAAAAGGGAAAUUGUAACAGUCCAACCUGACAACGUAGAAGUAAUCGACAAGGACUACGAUAAAGAUCGCAAACACGGAGGAAACUACCGCAGAGAAAGUGAAGAGGACACAGACGAAGUCUCAGAACCUGUCGAUACUGCUGAUGUUAAACACGAUCCGGAAGCUGAAACCCCCAAAACAGAUUUAAAGGAUGCUGAAACAGUGAGGGAUAGUAAAAAGCUGGACGUUGAAGUAGUAGAUAUAAACUAUGAUAAAGCAAAGAAGCACGGAGGCAACUACAAGGAGAGCAAAGAUACCUCGAAAAAUGCAUCACAACUUGCAGAUGAAGACGAGGAAGUUCAAAGCAUAACUGAUAACUAUGAAAAAACCAAAUUGCGAGCAGGUGGGUUCAGAAGCAGAAGUUCGCAAAAUAUUAACCAGAAAGACGAAACAGAACAAAAAGACACCACAACUGACAGUGUGCAGAUAAUAAAUGAAAAUUACGACAAAACAAAGAAGCAUGGUGGCAACUAUAAAAGCCAAAGUAACAAUGAAGAAGAAGGAGAAACUGUUAUUGCUGCAGACGAGACUCGUGCAGAUGCUAAAAUUGUUGAGGAGAAGAUUCCUGUAAAGCCCGCUGACGCUGUAAUAGACAUAAAAAAUUUGGAUCCCGCUGCAACUAAUCCGAAUCCUGAUAGCUACAGCAAGCCGGAUGAAGAAGAUUCUCCCAUAGAUGAGUAUCAGCAAGCAGAUAAGGAAAUUGCGGACGAAGCUGAAGAAGGUUCAGAUUUUUCAGAUCCCAUUGAAGAAACCGACUUCACCGAUGAUCCCUUUGAAGAAAACAUCCACAGUCGCCGCUACUUAAAACCUGAAACCACCACUGCGGCUCCUCUGAAAAUUGUUUCAAGACUGUCGGAUGUGAUUCCCAAGCCGGAUCAUUUCUACUCGGAUCCUCAGCUGCCGACACAAAUUAAUAAACUGGGAUCGGAGAAAGUGAACGUUAAACUAGCAUCUGAGGAGUUGGAUCAGCUGGCUGUUGAAGGCGACGUGGUCGAAGAAAUCCACAGGCCGCAAAGAAGAGGUGUGGAAAUUGGAGGAAGUUAUUUCGACAAUGACCACAAUGGUGAUCGAAAAGAUGAUGGCAAAUUUGAGGAAGAAACACUAGGGUCUUCAACUGAAAAACCGCUCUUUGAAAAGGACCCUAGUAAGAGAUUGUACUUCUACCUUUCAGAUUGAGGACUAGAACCUAGUUUUGUAAAUAUGUGAUAUAAAAUAAAGAUGUUUAUUGUUAUUCACAGA